AUGCGCUACCACGUCUUGGGGGUCGGAAGCAUAGGCUCGCUCAUUGCCUUCCACCUCAAGCGCUCCAUCAAGCUGCAGCGCAAGCUUCUGCAGCCGGGGCCCUCGUCCAAAUCGCGCAGGGAGCUGCUGCUCUCCAACCUUUCCAACAAGCGGCCGGCUUCGAAUCAGGGCAGCAUUGUCUCGUCGCUCAGCCUGCCGCCUUACGUGCAGUCCGAGCUUCCUGAUCCUCUGCAGUCGUCCGUCACACUGCAUAUGCGCAGGAGGCCGUUUGGAAGGGCGGCCAAACAGCGCUUCGCCAACUCGAUCAUCCUCGAGCAGGACGGCGUGCGUGACAUCGAGGGCGGCUUCCAGACCGACUUUACCGCGAGUGCCGCCGAUAUCACGGCUAGCAUCGUGCGCGACAACCGCUUACAAGAAGACGAAGACGAUACAGGCGCAGGUCGCUUCACAAUAUCGCGAGGGACGAACAGCUCGAGCUCGGAAGAUGCGGCUUUGCGCGAGCAGACGACGUCCAGGACGCCGGUGCCAGACCACGAUGGCGGCGUCUCGCUCAUCUCGACGCUCGAGGGCGUGCAUUCCCAACCAAGGGCAGGGCCUAUCGACAGUCUGAUCAUCACCACCAAGUGCGACUCGACGCUCUCGGCGCUCGAGGCGAUCCGUCAUCGGCUGCAUCCGUGGUCGACGAUCGUGCUGCUGCAGAACGGCAUGGGCGUGCUCGAGAUGCUCUUCGACCGCUUCUUCAAGGAUGCAGACCAACGGCCCAAUUUUGUGCUCGCAUCGACCACGCAUGGAUGCUGGAAGAAGGGGCCGCUGGAUGUGGUGCAUGCUAGCAUGGGCACGCUGCAUUUCGGAAUCGUGCCCAGCGCUCGAGCCGGCUCGAUUGGAUUCGAGUCGAGCCGCGUGCCAUUGGGACAGACUCUGACGAUGCCGCAAGGGCCUAUGUCGCGCAGACGGCGUGCAGCGAAGAAUGCGAGAGGUUGGGAUCGAUUCUCUCCCGAUGCGGAUGCGCAGGAUGCUGUGACCGAGCUCAAUCCACAGGACGCCGAGGCGCCAUCCAAGAUGCUCUCGCUAUCCGGUAUUCCGGACCAGCCGAGUUUGCGGACGCUUCGAACCACCGUGGCUGCGUUGCUGUCGCUACCGCUGCAGGUCGAGUGGGAGACGAUCCGCGACUUCCAGUUGCGCUCGCUCCGCAAGCUCGUGAUCAACGCAUGCAUCAACCCGCUCACAGCGCUUGCCGACUGCAAGAACGGCGAUCUGUUCGGCAAUCCCGCUGCUAUGGAUGCCAUGUGGACCGUCUGUCUCGAGGCAGGUAUGGUGCUCGAAGCCCAGGUGCGCGAACACCUCGCCUCGUCCCAAGCCUCGCCACGCCAAACCGCAUCGGCAGCCCUGUCGGCAGAAGACCUCAUCCUUCGCUCCACCGAAACGGGCGAACCCAUGCUGCAUCCAAGCUUGACUCCCCAGGCGCUCUACCAGGAAGUCCAGAGAGUCGCAAGGUUGACUGCCGCCAAUUGGUCCUCCAUGCACAGCGACCUCAAGAACAAAAGAGGAAGCACAGAGAUCGAUUACAUCAAUGGCUACAUCUCGGCCCUAGGCAGAGGAUACAACAUCGACACCACCGCCAACGAUCUCUUGACCAACCUCAUCAAACUGAAAACUACAAGAGCCACUGGCACAAAUAGGCUCUAG